UAUUUGGUUCAUCCGACACGCUUGCACAAAUUUAUAUCCCAAGAGGACAAACUUAGGCGCCGACUGAGGAAUAAAAAGAAAAGGCAAAUGUAUCGUAACAGCGAAUUCGAUGGAAGCGCAGCAGCCUUCAUGGGCGGCGGGUUCAUGCCCUCUCAGGCCACCCAGCCGGCGGAUUCCUCCUCUUUCCCUUCCUCCUCCAGAAAUCGCGAGACCAGGUGCUUAUUACCAUUGACAUUGAAGCAGAUAUGUGAACUACCUAGUAAUGAUGAAUCCAAUUUCCUUAUUGAUGGUGUUGAAGUGACUAAUGUUACAAUUGUGGGUAGGGUAUGCCAAAAGGAAGACAAGGCCAGCGAGUAUACUUUCCUUGUUGAUGAUGGGACAGGACAGAUUGAAUGUACCAGAUGGGUCCAAGAGCGCAUAGACACAGAUGAAGUGGAGGGAAUCUUAAUUGGGAGGUAUGUUCGUGUUCAUGGACACUUGAGAGGCCUGCAGGGCAGAAGGUUCAUAAAUGCCUUCUCCAUUAGGCCUAUUACUGACUUCAAUGAGAUCACAAGCCACUUCAUCGAGUGUAUUUACGUUCAUUUCUACAAUACAAGGAUAAGGAGUGCCACUACUCAGCCCCAGAUGGCAAAUUCAACCAUGAACACUCCUUUGAAAGGUUACGAAACCGCCCCACCAAAUCAAUCUUCUGCUUAUUCAUCUACUGAUGGAUUGAACAGCCUGGGUCAAAUGAUAUUGAAUUUUUUGCAGCAGCCCCCAUACCUUGCUAGCGAGGAUGGUGUACACAUUAAUGUCAUUGCCCGUCAGCUAAAUAUGCCAAUGAAGAAGCUCAUGGAAGAAUUGCAGUCUCUUGUGGACAAUGGCUUCAUUUACUCAACAAUAGAUGACGAUCACUUCAAGUCAACUGUGAAUGCCUAAUGCCUUGUUAUUAGAUAGAAAUGAAUUACAACUUGUUUCCAGAGAGAGUAUACUUAAGUACAUCAGUACAUAAUCUUUGUUUUUGGUUUGAUUAUGUUGUAAUUAUCUUCUCCGUCUGCUCUUUACUUGUGAACCCUUGUUUGUUUGCGUCACGUCAGGCCGGUUGGCACCGAGGCGGGUCAUCGGUGGGGAGGUGAGCAGAUUCUAAUUUCAUUCCAUUCAAAAUUUAUCUGGGAUCAACUUGAAGUCAUCAAUUAAAGUGGCUUGCUCCAAUUUCACCCUUUAAGGGGUA